AUGGAUGUGCCCACGCUGGUCGAUUGUCAGCGUGAGAUUCAAAUUCGAAUCUCACGCUCUGUAGAGUACUUGAAGAAGCUGGGCAGCGCCAAUAUCACCACCAGUGCUAUCGCCACACGCACCAGAAUCCUGGAUCAGCUGUGGACAAAGUUCGAGACGCAGCAUGACCUUAUCCGAGCGGCCUUGAAAGACAAAUUCAGUGAGAGCAAUUAUUUCAAAUCAGAUUUCCAUGCAGAUACAGAAAAUCUGUACGUAAGUCAGAGAAGCAUACUUGAUGGCUACGCCGAACACUUUCGUGCACCAAACGUAGCUCCUUCUGCCGACGUCACGCCACGGUCGUCACUGCCGCGCAUCAAGGUACCGCCAUUCUCGGGUGCUUACGCUGAUUGGUCGUCGUUUCGGGAUCUCUUUCUCUCCGUCAUGAAGGGAGAUACCGCAGAGGAGUUGAGACGCAUCCACAACGCCGUUACUGCUGCCGUCAACGGUCAGGAGGUCAUCGGGCGUCCAAUAAACUCCCACGGGAUGGACCUCUUCAACUUCCUGGUGACUGAGCUGUUUGAUGCACGCACACGUCUAGAGUGGGAGUCGUUCAUUUCAGACACAUCAGAGCCAGCACAGAACGAGGCACUCGGUGACUUUAUUAGUCGGCGGAUCUUAACGCUCCAUGCCGCACGACCGAAGGGCGUCAGAAAACCGUCCGGAGAUGCUCCACGGAUCGCCAAGGCACACGUCACGAAACACCACGGACCUGAACCGCCGCACUGUGCCCUGUGUCGCGAGAAGCACACUUUGAUGACCUGCCGAGACUUCAAGGCCAAGACAGUCAAUGAGCGUAAAGCAUUCAUAGAGACAAGCAAGCUCUGCUACAAUUGCUUAGGCAACCACUUUUUAUCUCGCUGCCAGUCAAAGAAGAACUGUCUCACAUGCGACGCACGACACCACACGAUGUUGCACGAAGCACCGACGUCUUCACUGUCAGCUGAGGCCACCACACGCGCCACCACACUGACCACGACUCUGCAACAUCAGGAUCACAAGGCCGUUCUGCUGGCAACAGCUCGAGUGAACAUCGCCGAUCGGUACGGUUCACCACACGCCGUACGCGCUCUGAUCGACCAAUGCUCUGAGGUGUCGAUCAUUUCAGAGACCUUGGCACAACGCCUUCGCCUUCCUCGAGUCUCGACGGAUCUCUCGAUCUUCGGCAUCGGAGGGACCCGCUCAGGAUCCGCUCGAGGCAAAGUAACGCUGCACGUAACAUCAGACGUGACCAAUGCCGAGCUCAGCGUGGUAGCCUUUGCGCUGCCUCGCAUAUCACUGCAGCAAGGAUCAGUCUCACGAGGAGAACGCAGCUGGCCUCAUCUCAAAGGACUCCAGCUGGCCGAUCCUCGCUUUUUGGACGACGACCCAGCUGAGUUACUCCUAGGAGCCGAGGUCUAUUCCUUGAUUCUCGAGGAAGGCCUCCGCAAGGGAGAUUCAAGGAUGCCGAUCGCCCAGCAAACAAACCUGGAGUGGAUCCUCUCUGGCGGAUACGACGCAGCAACAGUCAACGGACAUCGCCGCACAUUCCGAUGCACCGCCGAUCAUGACCUCGCCGAUCUCAUACAUGGUGAGACUGCCUCUCGCAUCACCACCGACGACUCUUCAAGACACUCGCCGCCCAGCGGAGCACCUCCUGAAAGCCAUGGAGUCCAAGGGCAGCCGAGACCCUCGAUUUGGUGA